AUGGUUGCUUGGUUCUUAUCGAGGAUUUUUCAUUUUGUUGAUUGUUGGCAUCUUGCUAUUGCGUGGCUUCUGUGUGGCCGUUCUCUACACAUUGCUCGCGUUGGCAAAGAGGAAAUAAGCAACAAUUUGGCGUUUUGGUCUUCCACCGAGCGUUUUUGUCAUCCGGUUAAAUCACAUGAUUUGAAUAAUGCAGGUGGCUAUUGCUUCACCGUCCUUUACACAUUACCCGCCUUGACAAAGGAGAAAUAUGCAAAAUCUCGACUACGACCAAAACAUGAAGGUGUGCAUUCUGUAAAUUUUCUCCAACAAUUUCCGUUUUUCGGAUUUUCGCUUGGUGAUCGAUGGUUGAUCUCGGCUUCUACUGGGAGGAAAUAUCCUCUUCGAGGUGCACGACUUUGGUGGAAAAUCGACGGUUAUGCUUUGUUUCAUUUGGUGACAAUCCCCGUGCCUCUAAUGUUCCAUUACUCGAGUGGGAAAUUCGUUUUGUUAAUCGUG